CCCACGCAUAUCCAGUCAGAGGAAGGCUGGACUGUGUUUGAUAACAGGAAAUAAGAAAGCUUCACCCCAACAGAUGAGAGUUACUCUAGAGAAGAGCUCUGGAGUCAGAGGAGCGAUGACUCUACCUGGGAGAAAACUGAUUAUCUGUCUUUUAUGGGCCAUCAUUUUAUUAUCACAGUGGGUGUAUGGCCAGCACUGUAUCUGGUAUGGUGAAUGUGGUAAUUCCACUAAAGUUCCAGAGAAGAAGUUAAACUGUAAUUACACAGGCCCACCUUUUCCGUUACCUGAUAAAGAAGGACAGGACCUGCUACAGGAGCUGUGCCCAGGACUGGUCUAUGGGGACAACAAAGUUUGUUGUGAUACCCAACAGCUCAGGACACUGAAAACAAAUAUGCAGCUCCCCCUUCAGUGCCUGUCCAGGUGUCCAGCGUGUUUCUUCAACUUCAUGACCCUGUUCUGCGAGCUUACCUGCAGUCCCAGACAGAGCGAUUUUGUCAGUGCCACAAAUUUCUCUACAUUUGAUAAAAACACAACUAAUGUGGACAAGGUGUCCUACUAUAUCAGCCAGACCUUUGCCAAUGCCAUGUAUAACGCCUGCAGGGAUGUUCAGGCCCCCUCCACCAAUCUCAAAGCCCUCAGUCUGCUGUGUGGGAGAGAUGCUAGUGAGUGCACUCCCAACAACUGGAUCCAGUACAUGUUCGAUAUCAACAAUGGCCAAGUCCCCUUCGCUAUUGACCCGGAUUUCUCAGAUGUACCCAUCGCAGGCAUGACUCCCAUGAGCAACGUGACGUUUAACUGUACACAGUCUCUGGAUGACGGCUUGGGGCCCUGCUCAUGUCAGGACUGCAGUGAAGCGUGUGGCCCCACACCUGUACCCCCCCCAGUCCUUCCACCCUGGACCAUCCUCGGCCUGGACGCCAUGACCGUCAUCAUGUGGUGUUCUUAUGUAGCCUUCCUCAUCCUCUUCUUUGGAGUCGUGCUGGGGGCAUGGUGUUACAGGAGGAGAAUGGUCACAUCUGAAUAUGGCCCAAUUCUUGAUGGCAACCAGCCCCAAUCCAUAAACUCUGAUGGCACAGAUUUUGUAGGUGAUGCUACGUGCUGCGAGACAUUGGGCGAGCGUUUUGAGAACUGUCUCCGCGUUCUCUUCAGCAGCUGGGGCUCCCUGUGUGUGCGUCACCCCUUAACUGUGAUCCUGACCAGCGUGGUGCUGGUGUUGAUCUGCUCGGCUGGACUGUCCUAUAUGAGCAUCACAACCAACCCGGUGGAGCUCUGGUCGUCUCCCAGCAGCAGGGCCAGGCAGGAGAAGGACUAUUUUGACCAGCACUUCGGACCAUUUUUCCGCACCGAGCAGCUCAUCAUCACCACCCCGUUGAAUGCAUCAGGUGUUUUUUCACCCUUCUCUGGACCAGACAUCCACUUCUCUUCCAUUCUGAACAUAUCACUCCUCCAUCAGGUGUUGGAUCUCCAGACAGAAAUUGCAACGCUAACAGCUGAAUAUAAGGGGGAGACGGUUACUUUUAAAGACAUCUGUAUUUCUCCUCUGGCUCCUUACAAUGACAAUUGUACCAUCCUAAGUUUGUUAAACUACUACCAGAACAGCCAUGAAGUCCUGGAUCAUAAGGAUGCUGUGGUCAACUCUGACUAUCACACUCAUUUUUUAUAUUGUGUCAGUUCUCCCACGGCCCUGGACGACACAAGCGAGUCACAUGACCCCUGCAUGGGUACAUUUGGAGGACCAGUUUUCCCUUGGCUUGCUCUUGGGGGAUAUGAGGGCACUGCCUACAACAACGCCACAGCUCUAGUGAUCACCUUUCCUGUCCACAACUAUCUGAAUGACACGGACAAACUAGGCAAAGCUUUGGCAUGGGAGAAAGUGUUUGUCAACUUCGUGAAGAACUAUGACAACCCCAACCUGACCAUCGCAUUCAGCUCCGAACGCAGCAUUGAAGAUGAGAUCGACCGCGAGAGCAACAGUGAUAUCACCACCAUCGUGAUCAGCUACGUCAUCAUGUUUGUCUACAUCUCGCUGGCUCUGGGACACAUUAACAGCUUCUGGACCCUGCUGGUGGACUCUAAGAUCUCUCUGGGUAUCGCCGGUAUCCUGAUCGUGUUGAGUUCAGUCGCAUGUUCGCUGGGUAUCUUCAGCUACAUCGGCAUCCCCCUCACACUCAUCGUCAUUGAGGUCAUUCCCUUCCUCGUGCUGGCCGUGGGUGUGGACAACAUCUUCAUCAUUGUACAAACCUACCAGAGAGAUGAGCGAAUGCCUGAGGAGGAGCUUCAUCGGCAGAUUGGACGUAUCCUCGGAGAGGUGGCUCCCAGCAUGUUCCUCUCUUCAUUCUCUGAGACAGUUGCUUUCUUUUUAGGUGCUCUAUCUAGCAUGCCUGCAGUGAGGACGUUCUCUCUAUUCGCUGGUCUGGCCGUCUUUAUUGACUUCCUCCUGCAGAUCACCUGCUUUGUGUCUCUUCUGGGCCUGGACAUCAGGAGACAAGAGGCAAAUCGUCCAGAUAUAUUAUGCUGUUUGAAAUUGUCUGAUGGACAGCAGGAAAAAUCAGAAGGUUGUCUGUUCCGCUUUUUUAAGAAGAUAUACGCUCCUUUCAUCUUGAAAGAUUGGGUGCGCCCCCUGGUGGUUGCUGUGUUUGUGGGAAUGCUGUCAUUUAGCGUAGCUGUUGUUAAUAAAGUGGAGAUUGGACUUGAUCAGAGAUUGGCCAUGCCUGAUGACUCCUAUGUGCUGGAUUAUUUUGGGAAUCUGAGUGAGUACCUGCACACUGGUCCGCCAGUUUACUUUGUGGUAGAGGACGGACAUGACUACAAAACACCUGAGGGUCAGAAUGCGGUGUGUGGCGGAGUGGGCUGCAACAGCAACUCUCUAGUCCAGCAAAUUUAUACCGCAUCUCUCUUGAAUAAUUAUAGUAAGAUCAGCAACGUUCCAUCGUCCUGGCUGGAUGACUACUUUGACUGGGUGAAGCCACAGUCCUCCUGCUGCAGAUAUUAUAACAGCACCGGAGCGUUCUGCAAUGCUUCAGUGGUGGAUAAGACUUGUGUUCCCUGCAGACCUAUGACCCCUAGUGGGAAACAGAGGCCUAAUGGUACUGAGUUCAUGCGCUUCCUCCCCAUGUUUCUCUCAGACAACCCAACCAUCAAGUGUGGAAAAGGUGGUCAUGCUGCAUACAGGACUGCUGUGGAUCUCAAAGAGAACAACACUGACGUAGGCGCCACCUACUUCAUGAGCUAUCACACGAUCUUAAAAACUUCAUCUGACUUCAUUGUCGCCUUGAAGAUGGCGCGAGAGCUUACCGACAACAUCACACAGGCCAUCGGACCACAUAACAAGACUUACAGUGUCUUCCCUUACAGUAUAUUCUACGUCUUCUAUGAACAGUAUCUCACGAUCGUCUAUGACACGGCUUUUAACCUUGGUGUGUCAUUGGCGGCCAUCUUUGUGGUGUCUACGGUGCUUUUGGGCUUUGAGCUGUGGUCAGCAAUACUGGUGUCCUUCACCAUUGCCAUGAUCCUGGUCAACAUGUUUGGAGUCAUGUGGCUGUGGGAUAUCAGCCUCAACGCGGUCUCGUUGGUCAACCUUGUCAUGUGUUGUGGCAUAUCGGUGGAGUUCUGCAGUCAUAUUGUGAGGGCUUUCUCUGUCAGUACCAGGAGCUCGAGGGUUGAGCGGGCAGAGGAGGCGCUGGCACACAUGGGCAGCUCUGUGUUCAGUGGCAUCACCCUGACUAAAUUUGGUGGGAUCCUGAUUCUCGCCCUGUCCAAAUCCCAGAUCUUCCAGAUUUUCUACUUCCGCAUGUAUCUCUCAAUAGUCCUGCUAGGAGCCGCUCACGGCCUCAUCUUUCUGCCUGUAUUACUCAGUUAUGCAGGCCCAUCUGUAAAUAAAGCCAAAGUCAUGGCUGCUCACAAAAGGUUUGUGGGUAUGGACAGCGAGCAACUUGUCUACUAACAGCUCUGUGACGCUGAACAGUAGUGUACAGCACCAGUUUUUCAUUCCCAUGUUACAUGCUUCGAAACGCACUUCAACAGACUUAACUCACGACCCCCUUUAGGUGUACAGAAGGCCUUUUUCACUGUUUCUUUUUCUUUCAACAUCCACCAAAAAAAAUCUUGAAUUAUUACUAUUAUUAUUAUUAUUUUUAGCCUACUAUUCAUUCAUUCAUUUGGUCUUAUCUGAUCUGCUCAAGGGCUCUUACGUUUACAUAGGUUACUUUUAUCCAGAGAAAACUGCACUGCAUUUAACAUACAGGCCUACAUUUUUCGAUCGAUCCCAUGAUUCUGAUGAGCAACAUUUUACACAUUUCUUUAAUAAAAGUUUA